GGGAGUCAGUUCUUGCAGCCCUGUCUCUCUUUUACUCUCCUCCUCCCCCAGUUCUGGCUGGAGCAGUGAGUCUGUCAAUUCCAGGCAAGAGACAAGGCAGACAAAGGUUUAUUUGUAAGGAACCUCCUUUUAGCACCUCCUUUUUUCUCCUUUUGCCCAAACUCACCCAGUGAAUUGGAGCAUUUAAGAAAAUUCCUCUGCCAAGAAGACCAAAAGGAACGGAGAAGAACGGGGCAAAAACCAAAAUGAAAUUUAUAGUAUUUGCUUUCACCAUUGGGCUAACUUUGCUGCUAGGAGUCCAAGCCAUGCCUGCCAGUCGCCUCUCUUGCUACAGAAAGACACUAAAAGAUCGCAACUGUCACAACCUUCCAGAGGGAGUAGCUGACCUGACGAAGAUGGAUGUAAACAUCCAGGAUCACUUCUGGGAUGGGAAGGGAUGUGAGAUGAUCUGUUACUGUAACUUCCGUGAAUUGCUCUGCUGCCCAAAAGAUAUCUUCUUUGGACCAAAGAUCUCUUUUGUGAUUCCUUGCAACAAUCACUGAGAAUCUUCAUGUAUUCCAGAGAACAUCGUCUCUCAUUUCCCACGAAUUGCACUAUAUCGACAUAACUAAAUUUCAAUUUUCUAUCCAGUGCAAUAAAGCGCAGAUUCUAUAAAUUCUUUCCUAAGAUAUUAAACUUGUGUUAAAUAGUAGUAAUAAAAGUUAAUUGAAUUUAAA